AUGUUAUCAGUGAAGUGAAAAUCGGCGAAACGGGCACACUAAUAGCUAAACGUAAACAACAAUAUUACACUUAUUUUAUCUUAAGAAAUAUAUAGAUUUAUUAGUCUAAAAUCAUGAGCGAUGCAGAGGAAACAAAAGCAGAAGCCACCACCAAAGUGUUGUUCAAAAAAGCCGGUCGAAAAAACCUAAGGCAACGCAAGAAUUCAGACGAAGAAGAAAAGGAGGAACAAUUAACGCUAGAUGAGAUUAAAGAACGCCAGCGCCUCAGGCAGCGACCCAAUGGCGUCAGCCUUGUGGGACUGGCGCUGGGCAAGAAGAUCGCGCCAGAAGAGGAGCUGGCCAUCAAGGAUCCCUUUAAUGUGAAGACCGGUGGUCUGGUCAACAUGAAGCAGCUGAAAUCGGGCAAGAUGAAGGAGGCGGACGACGCCUACGACGUGGGCAUUGGCACGCAGUUCUCGGCGGAGACGAAUAAGCGGGAUGAGGACGAGGAGAUGAUGAAGUACAUCGAGCAGGAGCUGCAGAAGCGCAAGGGAGGCGGCACGGAGGACGCAGCAGAGGACGACGGUGAUGUAAACAAGUACCUGACCCCCGAGGAUGCCGCCCUGUACGCCCUGCCCGACCACCUGAGGCAGUCUUCCUCGCACAGAUCGGAGGAGAUGUUGUCCAACCAGAUGCUCAAUGGCAUUCCUGAAGUGGACCUGGGCAUUGUGGCCAAGAUCCGCAACAUAGAGGCCACCGAGGAAGCCAAGCAGAAGCUGCUGCAGGACGCCAAGAACAAGAAGGACGGACCCUCGCAAUUCGUGCCCACCAACAUGGCGGUGAACUUCAUGCAACACAAUCGAUUCAACAUCGAGGACAACAGCGAUCAAAGGAGGCGCAAGCGUGAGGAAAGGGAGGGCAACAAAUCCGCACAGCAUCAGACGAAUCCCAAUGGAGUCAAGCGAGCCACAGAUGACUACCAUUAUGAUAAGUUUAGGAAGCAGUUCCGCAGAUACUAAAGAUACGAGUGCCAGCAAUAAAAUGUACAAUUGUUUAGGUUCAGGAUUCUGUUUUAUUUCUAUAUAUAUUUCAAUUAAAUGUACUUUAAGAAUUAACUCAUUAAUCCAUUAAUCGGGCCACUUCUGUAAAAAUAAAAGCAAACACUUGGUUAGUUAUGCUUCACAACGAUGAACAUAUUUGCUUUUAUGCUUGCAAUCAGUGAGAGACAAAAUUAAUUUCAAAGCAACGAAUGACUGAGGCUCAAUGAGAUUCCUACUCAAAAUAUCAUCACAAUAAAGAAGUUGUCAGUAACUAAAACAGAUACACACCUUAUAAGAAGUUAGUCCAGAGAAUCGGGAAACAAUGGCGC